GCGCACACAUUUUAAAGAUCCCAUAUGUAUUCACAAUAACUACGAUUGUGUGUCUAAUUCCAUGUUGAUGCUCAUCAGAGGAGUCCAGACAUAAAGCGUCUCACAUUGAGGUCAAUGAAUUUCAGAGAUUAGAUAAACGACUGGUUCAAAAUGUCUUCACAACUUGCCAGAUUCUCAUCAUUUCACGUUCCACUCACAAAAUCGCAACAGGAACCCUCACCUCCGGUUCAUGUAGAUAUAAGCAAUAUAGCGGUUCUGCGCAACGCUUUACUAUGCUUCCACUUUUUUGACCCGUUUGAGAAAGGUGUACUGGACCUCGAUAAUGCCCAUAGAAUCCUAUCAAACGCCAAGAAUGAAGCUUUAGUUGAGCUUUUGAAGGAAGUGUUGGAAAUAUGCAGAGGGUGUUUGGAAAAAAAAGAGUUUGUAUUGACUCUCUACGGGGCAAUAGAGGCAGGGUUUUGUACAGAUCUCAAGGGAAAGGAUAAUGUAGUUGCCGAUUAUUUCAAAGGAUUAGGAGGUUCAACAGAGCGCUCAAGUAUUGCGAGCUCCAGGUCCUCAGUAAAGAGUACAGUUUUGGUGAAGAAGAGCGAGUCCAUAAGGAGUGAAAUGUUGGAUAAUGUAGAGAGCAGUGUUUACUCAAGAAGAGCUUCAGACGUCGCAGAAUCAAUCCCUGAAGAGGACCUUUCAGAUUGCACAUUUCAACCAAAGAUUAAUCAGUAUAAACUCAAGGAUUGGAAGCAAAAUGACUUGUUCAACCAAGAAGUGGAAGAAAUUUUGCAUUUUAAAAAUGAAUGCAAAGAUAUGGGUCCAUUGACAGAAUACAUUGUGUUUCACUAUAACAGCCAGAUGGAUUGGAAGUCAACCCUCAGAGAUUAAACUAUCACUUGACAUGUAAAUCAAUCGAUUACAAGGUUAGCUCGCAGUUCUGGGAUACAAAGGGCAUCCCCAAUGUCAUUUGUUAGGAUAAAUGGAGAUGCAAAAAUGCUUGGUCUCU